AUGUCCGCUCACGGAUCCUCCACCAGGGUGCCCUGCACCUACAAGGACUGCAGCGGUGUCUUUGGUUCGGAGUGGGACAUGAAGAGGCACAAGGUGAACGAACACGACUACUGCAAGCGUUGCGACGAAGACUUCCAGGAUGAUGAGUAUCUACUGCUCCACAAGAUCAAGAGUGACAAGCAUAUCGUGUGUGUGGUGUGUGGGAUCGAUUUCCGCAGCGAGGGUGGUAGAGACCUCCACACUCGCCAGCAACACCGAACUCCGCAGAGCCUGACCUGUUACGGCUGCGGGCAGAGGUUCAGACAGGCAGGUGCCAUGGUAAAUCACGUUGAGAGCGGCGAUUGCCCAAACAUCCCCUUGUCUAGUCUCCUACAGGAACAGUCAAAGAGACUCCUCUACCGGGAGACGCUCAAGACAGGCAAUGAGAAUGAGAGCGCUGACCCCGAUUGUCCAGAUGACAACGGCGGAGUCCAAAUUGAGCAGAACCUUUUGGAGAUGGACUUUGACAACGACGAGGCCACUCGAUCUGUUGUGGACGGGGUGAGCGGUCUAUCUCUUAACACCAACGUCCCAGAAUGGAAGAGCAAGUCGUCUAUGGCCUCUCCGUCUACGACGAGUGAGAUGAGAGGACGAUCAGCAUCGGCGGGGAAGAUGCCUGCAUUGGGUGCCAGGCCAUCGAGCCCAAGCCCAAGCCCGAGCAAUUCAUUUGGCAAUAUCCGCUUCGAUGCAGGACACACUCUGCGCAUGUUGGACCAGAACUGGGACCCUACCGUAUACUUCAGUUCCUUUUCCGGAAAGUUUAUCUGUCCCUGUAAGGCUGAAUUCUCCAGCAUGAAGGACUUUGAGGAGCAUGUGGUAACGAAGACCAACCAGAACAGGAGCAUUCAGUGCCCUGGAUGCCUUCGCGUCUUCAAAACGGCGGCUGCCCUGGUGGCUCAUUGCGAGUCGGUCAGUACUCGGUGCAAGGUGAACAAAGGGCUCCAUUUCAGCCAGGUGAUCAAUGACAUCAGUGGAGGGCUGGUCAAGUCAGUUGGUCAUUUCGAGGAUGGAAGCGUUGAGUAUGGUGCUGGCACGAUGGGUCCGAAGAAGGUGACUUAUAAGAAAGACGAGGAGGGUCCUAAUCUGAUGGACUGA